AUGCGCUUCACGUCGACCUUUGCCGCGCUCUCGAGCGUCAUGGCGCUGGCCAUCUCGGCCUCGUCGGCCAGCCCGGCCGCGGACCGACGCUCGACGCAGCCCAGCAACCAGGUGGCGUUUGUGACCAACUGCACCUCGACGUCGGACCAGCCCGUCUUCACCAUCGCGCUCGACGACGGCAUCCGCAGCCAAGAGUACCACUCGUACGUCGUCGACGCCUUCAACAAGCGCGGCUACACGCCCUUCUUUUUCACAAACGGCGACAACUACGACUGCCUCUUCAAGUACCGCCACGAGAUCAAGAAGACCCUCAAGCACGGCCAGGCCCUGUACGGCUCGCACGGCUGGGCGCACCCCAACGCCACGGCCAUCUCGCUCGAGGACUGGGAGCGCGACAUUGAGCUCCUCGAGCUGGCCUACAUCAACAUGGGCCUCGGUCGCCCCUACUUCUACCGCUUCCCCUAUGGCGAGCACAACGACGAGCACCUCGUCAAGCUCAAGGAGCGCGGCUACCUCGCCGCCGUCCAGUGGAACCAGGACUCGUACGACUCGUGGGGCAAGACCAAGCACGAGAUCCUCUCGAUGCUGCGCCAGGACCUCCGCUCUCCCGCCCUGCCCAAGAACCUGCUCUGGCUCAACCACGAGACCCAGGACGUCGACGUCAAGCAGGGCCUGCUCAACUUUGAGUUCAAGCACAUGAAGAAGCUCGGCAAGAAGUACGUCGACCUGCCCCAGUGCCUCAACUACAACGGACCCCUCUUUGCGCCGCCCACCGAAAAGGAGCGCCAGCUGGCCAGCCAACUGCCCACCAACGACUGCAAGGCCUUUGCGGCUGCCUACGACCAGCUGCCUGGCCCCAAGGGUCGCAAGUCGCUCUGA